CCUCCUUGCCACGAUCACGCCAUGCGCCUGCGCAUUGCUUCGCCAGGUGGGCUCAGACUAUUAGCUGGUCCAGCUGCGCAGCGGCCCGAACCCCCACCAUCCUCGGGGUUGACUGCAAGUCCCUGCCACCAGCUCGGCAGCAUCUUGCUCUUGCCCUUCUCCUCUCUCUCUCGGUCUUCCCUCCAGCUUACGUUGCCAUGGGCAAGAGCCGGACGAAGCGCUUCAAGCGACCUCAGUUCUCCCCUACCGGCGACUGUCAGGCCGAGAUGGCAGCGGCCGAGAACGGGACCGAGCGAGAGGAGGACGACGGGCCGGCAGCGGAGCUGCUAGAAAAGCUCCAGCACCCGAGCGCCGAAGUCCGCGAGUGCGCCUGCGCAGGGUUGGCCCGGCUGGUGCAGCAGCAGCCGGCGCUCCCGGGCCUGGCGCGCCGGCACGCAGUGCGCCGCCUCGGGCCGCUGCUGCUCGACCCCAGUCUGGCGGUGAGGGAGACGGCGGCCGGCGCCCUGAGAAAUCUCAGUGCUUGUGGAGGUUUUGAAGUUUGUGAUGACAUGGUAGCUAAGGAUAUCAUGACUCCUCUGGUCGCUCUUCUAAAAGAGUGUAGUGCUGGGCUGGAUUCAAAUGAGAUGCCUCCACAGGAAAAAAAUGAUCAGAACAGAAAUUCUAUUGAGAACAUAGCCAACGAGGCCGUGAACGUGCUGUGGAAUAUAUGUGAAUGCAGUAGUAGAGCAGUAUCUAUAUUCAACAAAGAAGGGUGUUUGGAGAUUGUGUUAAAGUAUUUAAGUAGGUUUCCUACCAAUGUUGGCCUGGCUAUUUCAGUAGCAUAUUGUUUGCAGACAGUGACCGAAGAUAACAUAGAGCUACUGAAAUCUUUCAAUGCCCCAGCGCUGCAUGUGCUGGAAUCAGCCAUGCUUUCUCCUGGCAGUUCCAUGGAAUACGUUCUGUUAAAGACAUUGGUGGCAGGCACAGUUUGGAAUCUAAAAGACAUUAUUCCAUCCAAGAGUCAGGCAGAAAUCAUAAAUGCCAUACUAAAGAUCUUAUCUGAAGUUCUGGAAAUAGAUGCUGGUGAAAUGGUUAUUCAAAUGAAGGAGGCCGAAACGCAAAGGUUAAAAACUGCUGCAGAGACUGAAGAAAUAUUAGCGAACGCUAAUGGUGGUGAUUUGAUUGAAGAUGAUGAAAUGGAAGAAAUGCCUCAUAAGAGAAAAGUCAGAAGGAAAACUUUCAUUUCGGAUUUACUUCCACCUACGGACAAGGAACUGAGAGAGGCCAUCGCCGUGCUGACAGCUCAGCAGACUGCUCUGGAAAUUAUCGUCAACAUGUGCUACAGUGAAGGUCCCUCCGAUGAUGAAUGGGAAGAGCUCUCCAGCAGUGAUGAAAGUGAUGCUUUUAUGGAGUGUUGCUUCAGUGAGGGCGGCGGCCAGCUGCUCUCUCCCCUCUGCCUUUCCCAUGAGAUUCACAGCGCUCUCACCAACUCCCUCAUCCCAAAGAAGAUUUUUGAGAAAACUGCCUUUCCAAACAGCAUUGCAGUUGACAUAUGUUCUAAGAACCCCACUUGGAAACCUUUGAUUAGAAAAAUGAACACUAUCCAGUGCAGGGCCCUUGUGUGUCUCCAGAGUCUGCUGUCCCUCCUGGAUGUGGAGCCUCUGGGCGGAGCGCCAGCCCUCCAGGCCCUGGCACAGCACCUGUCACAGCUGCUCUUUUCUCAGCCAGAUUUUGUUAAGCAUGUCGACUUUCUAGAAGCCGGAAGUAGUGCCUUGAGAGCCCUUUUGCAAACAAUGGCCUCCAAGAACAUUUCUCAGUGCAUAACUCCUGACCAGCUGGUGACACUGUGCAGAGCAGGCAUUCGCAGUAGUAACGUCGGGGUGAGAGUGAAUGUUGUCAGUAUUUUGGGAAUCACCGGCAGUGUCCUAGCCAAAGAAGAUGGCACGCUUGAAACUCUGAAGACCAUUGGGUGCUUUCUGCUUGAGGUCGUCACCCAAGACCCUUCCCUUGUUGUGGUAGGAGAAGCUUUGGAUGCCCUCUUCGAUGUUUUCGCAGAUGGUAAAGAAGCCGAAAGGGCCUCAAUUCAAAUUAAAUUGUUAUCUGCUCUGAAAGAAUUCCAGCCAGUCUUCAAAACGAAGAUACGAAAAGAAGGGAGAAGUAAAUACAGUCCAGAUCAGCUGUGUGUUCUCGACAAUGUGAAGAUGAAUUUGAGAAGGUUUGUCGCUUAUCAAGAAACUGUUGAGAAAAGACUGACUACUUGAACCAUCAAAAGAGAAAGCAAUUCUUGCACCAAAGUGUUUAAUACUAAAAGCUCUUCUUUGAGUAUAUAUGUUUCUGAAAGUCACUUUUUUUUAAAGUUAUUUUUUAAUAUCUAUAUUCUGUAUAUUGAUUUGAAAUUCUAGAGAACUUCAAAACCUGUUCAAAAUUUUUUGAGCUUCAGGAUCUGUGUGGCAUUUCUAGUGCUCUCUAAAUUAUGUUCCCAGCAUGUUUUAAUCAGUGAAAACACGAAGAGCAGACACACAGAUAUCUGAGGUGGUUCUUCAUGUGCAGUGAAGAAACUUUUGAACAAUCAUGGUUUUCUUGAAUUUUGCAAAAAAAGAAAAUCCAGAGUAUUGCUUGGAUGUUCUUUUAAGCCACCAUCAUUUUAUAUUAGCUGAAUUUUUAACAAAUAUGAAGACAAGCUUUAUAAAAUGUUUUUGGUAAGAAGUAUACCAAUUAUGUUUACUUUUU